GACGACCGUGUUCAGUGUUGGGCAAGCGCAUUAAAUUCGAUCCAAAAGAGAGAGAGAGAGAGAAAAAAAAACAAGGAGCCAAAAGAAAUUCCUUUGAAUUAUUGAAUAUAAACCCAGUUAAAUUACGCACCCGCUCUCUAUACUUCUAGUUAAUUGCUUCUUUAUUCUUGGACAGCGAUCGAAAUAUUCUUUCCAUUAUUUAUUUGUUCUUUUGCGGGGUACUAAUAGUUACAUCGUUGAACGCCGCGCGCAUGACGCGUGACGUAAAUUUUCGAAAAUGAUCUCUUUAUGACGUUGAGUAGGUACGGCAAUAUUCCAGACUAUAACAUCGCUAUCUCGUUGGUCUCGUGGUCAUGUCGGACGCAUCCUUUCAGGCAACGCUGAAGUUUUCGGAGGAGCUGCUCUGCAGACCACCAAAGCAAAGAAACGAGGACGAUAUAUUACGAAUUCUUCCUUGGAUUCGACACAAAAGUCCUUUGUUCAAAAAUCUGGAAGACGAUAAUUUAGUCUACGUAAUAAAACAUGUGGAGUUUAUCAAGAUAAAGAAAGAUCACGUGAUCGUACGACAAGGAGAAAAAGGCAACUGUUUCUAUGUGAUUCUCAAGGGAUCGGUGUCAGUUUAUGCCAAAAAAGAAGAUGAACAUCAUAGCGAAUACCAUCCCCACCACGACAUGGGUGCGGUUCGUAGCACCCAAGAGAGGCUAGCGUACUUUGGAACAGAGCUGGGCGCUCUUAAGAGCGGCCGAAGCUUUGGUGAAAUGGUUCUGAUGAGCGACAAAAAAGAUAGAAACGCCACUGUCAUCGCUGAUGAGCUAACCGAACUGAUUAUCAUAAAUGAGGAGUUGUACAAGAAAUCUUUCAAUGUGUACAAACUUGAGUGGAAGAAGAAGUCUAACUUUGCCCUAGCUUGCCCUCUGUUUAGCUCUUGGCCAACAGCGCUCAAGGCACUGUUGAUUGAAAAUCUUAAAAUGCAUAAAAUUCAGUUUGGAAAUCGUGUGGUGGAACAAGGGUACCCUUGUAACUCGGUUUAUUUCAUCGAGAAAGGUGCAGCGAAGGUGUUGUCUGAUCCGCGAAAGUGCAAAGAACAGUAUGAAACUUUGAAUCCGAAAGGACGAGAGAAAAAGUUCGGCGACGAGGAAGAAAAGAUUGCGCUCAACGCGAUAGAAGAUCUUGUGCGGCCUUUGACCGUCAUCGAAAAGCGUCGUCGGCGAUUGGAGCAUGGGUUCGUUGCCAUGGAGACCAGGCUCCGUCAACGUGAAAUACAAGCCACAACUAUUGGACCAAAUGACGUUAUAGGAGACGUGGAAAUGAUUCUGGAUAUCCCAGAGUACUGCACGAGCGUAGAGUGCGUUGAAACUUUAGAAGUGUAUGAGCUUGAUAAAGGGAGCUUUCAACGUCUUAUAGCUCGGCGCAGCCCGGAAACGCUGGAAUUACUGAGGAAAGUUGUGGUGACAAAGCUGAGACUCCGUGUUGAGAGAUUUAACGAGAUACCACUUUUCAAAUAUCUGCUCGAGCGCGCCACAGAUUUUCCAAAGAAAGAUACAAUAAAAGCGAUAAGGAAAAAUCGCCAUCAACACGACGCUAUAAUGAGACCACUUAUUCGCAAAGGACAAAGGAAUUGGAAAGCUGUAAAGGCGAGUGUGUUUGUAGGAGGACAAACACUCAACAAAAGAGAGAUUAAAAACAAGUUAGAAAAGAAAGCAGAAACUACUCACAAGGAAAAAGAGCAAAACUCCAGGUGAGGAAUAAAUAUGUAAUUUUUUUUUUUCACUGAGUUUUACAGGACCUGAGAGAACCAGAAGAGAGUGCGUUACCUGUUCUUAACAAGGAGGAUUGUGUGACGUGUAUACAAGGAAAGGUGGCCUCUGAUAGCCAUACUAAAAAAAAAAUUACUUUAAUUUUAAAACACCAAGAUUCAAUAUUUAAUUGAAGAUGAUAUUUUAAAGACCAGUUUGUAUGCAAUAGAAUAUAAACAUAAAUGCUGUGACUUAAGUAUCAGAAGAUCAUCCUCUCUGAGCCGUUCGACUGAUAUGCAGACGUUCAGGAUUAUUGAAUUUGAAUGCUCACUAAUAUGUUAAUUAUGUCCUGUGAAGGGAUUACACAUAUGUCGGCUCUGCCAUUUUUGAUCAACUUGUAAUUAUCUGAGCUGUGGAGGCGCGGUGGCCUCAUGGUUAGUGCGCUCUACUCCGGUUCGAGGGGUCCGGACUCGAGCCCUGGCCGGGGACGCUGUGAUAAUUGUGUUCUUGGGAUUACCCCCAACGAAUUUUAAUGCUGGGGGUAACCCUGCGAUGGACUAGCAUUGCAUCCAAGGGGGAGUAGAAAUAUUCCUAGUCACUUCGUGCUACGGAAACCAGCCUGAUGAGCCACUUGGCUCGUAUUCAGGCUUUACCAUUAUCCGAGCUAUUUCUGCGUGACCAGUUAGCCGAUGCCUCUCUUAUCUUUGUUGUGCGCCUGUUGAUCUGCAAUUCUCAAGUGUUGCUCAAAGUGCUCACAUUAAAGAUUGACCAAUAGACUUAUUAUCCGUUAAAAACAGUUAAUCCUUUACUUAACACCAAAAGCCUUUUCUAGAAUAUCUUGGAGAAUAUCAUGGAGUGCUCCUUGCUGUGGACGUUGAGAAACUCCUUUUGUAUUUGCAAAGAAGGAAGCAUUUAAUUAUAUAAAAGUGUCAUUUUUUAUUGCCAGUAAUAAUUUACUUGCUUCG